CUUCUCAAGUUUACUUCUCAAUAGCAAUGAUAAAGAGUGGAAAAUUACAUCUUCAUGCUAAUUGGAUAGUGAAAGUUUUGACGAGAGAAAAAAAUAGAAUGGGGGAAGAAAGUAAAUGUCUUUAGGUACUUGGUCUUUGGGAUAUGAUUCUCUUACUGCAACUGCUAUUAGAAAAUGUUUUCGUUGUUUUGAAUUGGAUCAUGUCCAGCAAUACAAGACCAUGCACCUAUUGGAAUAUGCCAAAAAGGGAACAAUAAAAAUUGAAAACUACAGAGGGGAGGAACUGAGUAAUGGUGUGUACUGAUUUGCUUCUUGGAAUAGAUACAUGAAUGGAAGCAUGGAAGCGCUGCAUAUCCCUUGCGCAAAGCUGCUCCAACAUGCGUCAAUUCAAGGCUAUUCACGCCUUGUUCAUUGUCAAUGGCCUCCAUCUCAACAACUAUGCUAUCAGCAAGCUGAUUUCCUUUUGUGCGCUUUCCAACUCCGGUAGCCUCUCCUAUGCGUCUCUCAUUUUCAGCCAAAUUCAAAACCCAAAUUUAUUUGCUUACAAUACUCUCAUCAGAGCCUAUUCUCGCAGUUCCACACCCCAGCUGGCUCUACAUUACUUCCAAUUAAUGUUAGAUGAUGAAAACGUAGGUCCUGAUCAGCAUACUUUUCCUUUUAUUAUUUCUGCGUGUACCAACUCAUUGUGGAUGCUCUUAGGGAAGCAAAUACAUAAUUGGGUCUUGAAAAAUGGUGUUGCUUCAUCGGACAGGCAUGUCCAGACAGCGCUGGUUCGUUUCUACGCAGAGUGCUGUGCUAUGGGCGAUGCCCGUAAAUUGUUUGAUGAAAUUCCGAACUUGGACGUUGUCCAAUGGAAUGUACUUUUAAAUGGGUACGUUCGGCGUGGUUUGGCUCCUGAGGCUUUGAAUGCUUUCCGGAAUAUGUUGGUGUCCGGAGUUGAGCCUGAUGAGUUCUGUUUGACCACUGCGCUUAAGGGUUGUGCUCAGUUGGGAGCUCUUCAGCAAGGAAAGUGGAUCCAUGAGUAUGUUACUAAAAGGAAAUGGUUGGAGGCUGAUGUGUUUAUUGGGACUGCGCUAGUUGAUAUGUAUGCCAAAUGUGGAUGCAUUGACAGGAGUGUGGAGGUUUUUGAGGGGAUGACUAAGAGGAAUGUGUUCUCAUGGUCUGCUAUGAUUGGGGGCUUUGCACUACAUGGGCAUGUGAGAAAAGCAAUGCAAUGCUUGGAGAGAAUGCAAGUAGAAGAUGGGCUUAGACCAGAUGGGGUUGUCCUUCUUGGAGUCAUAAUGGCUUGUGCCCAUGCAGGACUCCAGGAAGAAGGCCAGUUUCUACUAGAAAACAUGGAAGCUCGGUAUGGUAUCUUACCCAAACAUGAGCACUAUAGUUGCAUGGUCGACUUGCUCUGCAGGGCAGGUCAGUUAGACGAAGCACUCAAGCUCAUAAGAAGAAUGCCCAUGAAGCCCCGUGCUGCAGUCUGGGGUGCCUUACUGAGUGGUUGUCGAACUCAUAAUAACGUUGAUCUCGCAGAGCUUGCUGCAAGAGAGCUUCUAAUGGUGGGAAAUGGAGAUGGAACAGAAGAAGAUGGAGCUUAUGUUCAGCUAUCCAACAUCUAUUUGGCUGCACAGAAAUGUGAAGAUGCUUGUAGGAUCCGAAGGAUGAUUGGAGAUAAAAGGAUUAAAACAAAGCCAGGAUGCAGUCUGAUAGAGGUGGAAGGGGAGGUUAAUCAGUUUGUUUCAGGAGAUAUCUCACAUCCAUGUCUAGCUCAAAUACAUGAAAUGCUGGAUUUAGUGUCCCUUCAACACUCCUACAAGCUGGCUUUCCACACAACAUGGAGCUCUUGUGAUGAGAUGGAGCUGACUUUUCAGCCAUGAAUCAAUCAUCAUAAUUGGGAAGAUAGGCACUAGAAUUCUCACUCACAGCCCACUGGCUUCAUUCUUCAACCAUCUUCAUUUUCCCCUUAAGCAAUGCAGGGGAAAGUUCUUGGUGUAUGUACUUUUAUUUGGUAACUAAGAAAAGGUUUACUGUGAGGUUGAAAAUAAAAAUUUAUAUGUAAUAUCUAAUUACUGAGGUAUUUGUAUUCCAUAAAAUAUAGAGUUUCACACAUAUUGGAAUUCGAGUAGUGUGGAUAAGAAGGGACUUGCUUGAAAUGAGAAUUUGUGGUCUAAAGGCAUAUUUUGAUUCAUCCAA